AUGUCUCACGAGGAGGAUCUCAUCGACUACUCCGACGAGGAGGUCGGUGGCAACGAGCCCGCGGUCGCCUCCAACGGCAAGAAGAACGCUGAGCCUGCGGCAGCGACCAAUGUCGACAAGAAGGGCAGCUACGUUGGCAUCCAUUCGACCGGUUUCCGCGACUUCAUGCUGCACCCACCACUGGUUCGCGCCAUCGGUGAUUGCGGUUUCGAGCAUCCUUCGGAGGGUGGCGACAUUAUCUGCCAGGCCAAGUCUGGUCUGGGUAAGACUGCUGUCUUUGUUCUAGCGACUCUUCAGCAGAUCGAGCCUGUCGACGGCGAGGUCUCCGUGGUCGUCAUGUGCCACACCCGUGAGCUGGCAUACCAGAUCCGUGAUGAGUACAACCGCUUCAGCAAGUACCUCCCCAACAUCAGGACUGGCGUCUUCUACGGUGGAACACCCAUCAAGACCGACCAGGAAGUCAUCAAGAACAAGGACACUUGCCCGCACAUCAUUGUCGGAACCCCUGGCCGUCUGAAGGCUCUCGUGCGCGACAAGAUUCUGCGUCUCGGCAGUGUGCGCAUGUUCGUCCUCGACGAGUGCGACAAGAUGCUCGACCAGCCAGAUAUGCGCGGCGAUGUCCAGGAUGUCUUCCGUGCCACUCCUCCUCAAAAGCAGGUGAUGAUGUUCUCGGCCACUCUGUCCGAGGAGAUCAAGCCCAUCUGCCGCAAGUUCAUGCAGAACCCAACGGAGCACUACGUCGACGAGGACACCAAGCUCACUCUGCAUGGUCUUCAACAAUACUACAUCAAGCUCGAGGAAAAGGAGAAGAACAGGAAGCUCAACGACCUUUUGGAUGAGCUCUCCUUCAACCAGGCCAUUGUCUUUGUGAAGAGCACAUCCCGUGCCACCGAGCUGAACAAGUUGUUGGUGGAGUGCAACUUCCCAUCCACUUGUGUUCACUCUGGUAUUUCUCAAGAGGAGCGUAUUCGCCGCUACAAGGAGUUCAAGGACUUCAAAAAGCGUAUCUGCGUCGCCACCGAUGUCUUUGGUCGUGGCAUCGACAUUGAGCGCAUCAACUUGGCUAUCAACUACGAUUUGUCGAACGAUGCGAGCUCGUAUCUGCAUCGUGUCGGUCGCGCUGGCCGUUUCGGAACCAAGGGUCUCGCUGUCUCCUUUGUCAGCACCGAGCAGGACCAGGAAGUCCUGAAGGAGAUUGAGAAGCGUUUCGAGGUCGCUCUUCCUGAGUUUCCCAAAGAGGGCGUUGCCCCUGAGACGUACAUGGCUACCUGA